AUGAGAGCGGUAACGAUAUUAGUAGGGAUGAAGACGGAUAAUCUGACGCCUAAUGAAGUCCGUCGCGCAGUUAAGUGUCCAGAUCUCGUUACUUAGGUGAUCCCUGCUAACAUCAUUCUCAUCCCCGAUGAGUUUAUGUAG